AUGUCUGGGAUGGCUCCAUCUCCGUCUUCGCGGGAAUUCACCUUCUUGGAGUUGUUUGCUGGCUGUGCUGGCUUCUCAGGUGCUGUGGAAAGGGUCAAUGCUGGAUCAGUGCGUGUGUUGGAACCUUUGGAGGAGUAUUACGGUUGGGAUGGGCUUUCAGAAAGCGGCUUUGAUCAAGCAAAGGCUGCAGUUCUGGAGGCGAGUCAUGUACAUAUUGUGUUCCCCUGUCACUCCUUCACUCGGGCCAGGCGUUCGGAUCAGUAUGGUGCCGUGGAGCAGGUUCGGUCCGAUAAGCAUUCCGAGGGUUGGGGACAUCCAGUGGCAGAAAAGGGCAACGCGAUCCUGGUUAAGGCGGUUGCGCUAGCCUGGGUUGCACUUGAAAAUGGUGCGACUGUGUCCCUGGAAAAUCCAUGGUCGUCUUUCGCGUGGGAGCUUAAGGUGAUGAAGCGUCUCAUGAAGAAGCUUGGACGUCAACCAUUUGAGUUGCAUCAGUGUGCCUAUGGUGCUGAAACCCAGAAGCCGACUGGCAUACUUACAAAUGCACCUUGGAUGGAGGGCAUCACCAAACAUUGCACGGACGUUCGUGAGCAUUAUCAUCGGCCUGGCGGUUUGAAGGGAAAAGUUUGGGAUCCCAGGACGAAUGAAAUGGUUUGGCGAACCUCACGAGCAGCGGAGUAUCCCACGGGUUUGUGCAUGGCCUGGGCCAAAUCUUUGCAGCAGUGGUUAGCCUCGGAUGCCGGGAAGAAAGAUCGUGAACGCCAUACCUUCGUUCGAGUGGGCACGCAUGGCAAUGUGCUAGUUCGGGCUAGCUUGAAACGAUCUCUGGAAACAGGCGCUACCACUGCUGCAACUGAACCACGCGAUGUGGUGAAGGAGGUCAGCAAGGCCGAAACCCGGGAGCGCGAGAACGCGGAGUGUAUAGGCGGUCUUAGAGAUCCUCGUCGGGCCGUGGCCAGGUUUUCAAAGUUGAGAAAGGUCGGCAUGAAACUCCGAAUGUGUGUGGACUCUUGUUUGGACGAUCAGGUAAUGCAGCGCCUGGAAAACUCUAAGGGGGGCUGCCCGCUUCAGGAGAGUCUCAUUGCUGAAGGUCGGGGUAAGCUGGCUUCGGCAUUCCGGGCGAGUGUAAAGACUGGGAGUGGAUAUCAGGACGAUCUCAUCCAGAAAAUUCUGGAGGAGGCCGAGGAUCCGGAUGCACAGGUUGUGCCAGAGUGGAUGCGUGAGGGUUUCCCUUUAGGAAUCACGCGCCCCAUUGUGAACACAGGCGUGUUCCCUCGCACGGAUGAAGUGUCUGCAUCCAUCAAGGCGUCUCAGGUGAGCGGUGCUCUUCUUGAGGAUUGGGAUGGCACCGCCACGAACUAUAGCUCAUUUGUUGAUGCGGGGCCCAAAGCUGAAUCGGAACUCGAUCGUCUGGUGACUGAAGGGAGAGCCACUUUGGUUACAGAUUGGCACCAGGUCGUUGAAGCGGUGGGACCCAAGGCCAAGCUAACCUGGCAUGCAUCAUAA